CAAAGGGGCCAUGGUGGUGUUACGGUGGUGAGUCUGCCCCCAUGGGUGAAGCAGUGCAGUUUGACAGCGAGCCAAACCUCCCUCUGAGGCACAAGGGUUGUUAGCAGGGUCACGGGUAUACUGAAAGGCGCUCGAUCAAGAGAAAUCUGGGGGAAGCUGGAAACCAUCAAGUUAUUCAGGCCACACACGGGGCAGGAAAGAUAAAAGAAAGAAAGUUCAUCAGAGUUUCUUCCUAAACCUCUGAGAAAUAACAGCAUAUCUUAAUCUGAGACUUCAUUAAGGCAAGUAGUUGGCAUACUGAGUGGAGGAGCACAGAAUCUAGGGCCUGUGGAGUAAAAACAGAUUAAUGAAGAGGUCAGGUAUCUAACAUCUAGAACUGGAUGUUGCUAUGAGGACAGAUUCACCGAAAAUGACUGAUGUGGAGCCUGCGGUCAACAAUUUUGCAUCUUCAGCAAGGACAGGCCGCCGGAAUGCCGUGCCAGACAUCCAGGGCUCAGCGGGGACAGGGGGAACCUCGGAGUUGCCCCUCAGACUGGAGGCCCUGUCCAUGGAGGAAGAUGUAAAAAAGAAAGAUGAAGAAACAACACAACGCCAAUUGGAAAAGCCCCCAAAAGAAGAAAAAUGAAGGCUCCUUAAGUAUCAAAAGGGCUGAAUUUCUGUUGAAAGACUUAGUGGCUCUGCUUUCCUUAGAGGUUUAAUCUGGUAGUAACCAUGGUAACAUUGCAGCCCUAAGUAAUACGUGUGUAUUAGAUAAUUAUGUUGUGAUUCUACUCACUCAGAAUGCAACCACCAUGUCCACUGUAGGCUACUAAAAGGCAUAUUACGUCCAAAUUGCACCCAAGGGAAAGGUUGAGGAUGUAUGGUCACUUCUAUACAAAUCAUUAUCUAUAAACCUGACAAAAUUCACUGCUCCCUUUUGGAAAAAUCCCAGAUGUAUUUUUAAUUAUGCUUUUAUGGUAAUGGGCAAAUUGUUUCCUUGGUAAAUAUACAGCAAACAUCAUUCAUUUAAAACUACGGAAUUUGUAGGGCAUUUUUUAAUGAGAAGGAAUAAUAGUCAAAAACACAUAGAGAACAUUCAUUUUUAAACCAAAAAUGCAUUAUUUUUCCCCAAACUCUAAAAUGAUUUGGAAAAAUUGCAAAAGUUUGACCGGCUGAAAAUAUCAAAAAGUUUUUGUUUGAUGUAAUUUGCUUCUAGUCUAUGCAUACUGUGAUUUUUCAUGUGGACUCUUAAAAUACAGAAAUUGUGACAAUUUGUUUAUAUGGAACAUGACUAUUAAAAUGAAUUUUAUUAUCUUCCUUAA